AUGGAACUGGAAACGCCGCAGCCCUGGGAUAGUCCCAAUUCUGCCAAUGCCGCGGAUAGGGACUACAACAUCAAGUCUCCCCUCCAAUCAGACGGGUCCGACUUCCCAUGCAAAGGACUGGACCAGGCAAGCGCGAAACUGAGCGCCAGCGCUACUUACCAGGCUGGUCAGACAUACAACAUGACGGUCGAGGGCUAUGCAAACCACAACGGUGGAUCUUGUCAGAUUUCACUCUCUUACGACAACGGAAAGACCUGGAAGGUUAUCAAGAGCAUGAUCGGUGGCUGCCCCGGGCAGGGCGGCGGCACUUGGGACUUCACCAUCCCCAUGACAGCGCCGUCUGGUACGGCGUUGUUUGCCUGGACAUGGAUCAACCACACCGGUAACCGCGAAUUCUACAUGAACUGCGCAGUGGUCGACAUCGACGGCCAGAGCGGCGGUGACUUGUGCAUGCUGCCCAAUCUCUACGUCGCCAACCUCAAAGGUAUCAACAGCUGCGUCUCUCCCGAAGGAAUAGACACAAUGUACCCUCACCCCGGCACCGAUGUCCUCUACAACAACGGCAUGAGCGGCUCAUCCCCUGCCACCGGAAGCGACGCCUGCGAGAUCCCGGCGCCUGCCUGUGGUAACUCGGAUUCUCCUGUAAACGAAGGACCGCCGUCUUCACCACCACCGUUCUCACCGCCACAGUCCUCACCAGCAGAGCCCUCACCAGCAGAGCCCUCACCAGCAGAGCCCUCACCAGUAGAGCCAUCACCGGUCGAGUCCUCGCCGGCCGAGUCCUCACCACCGGAGCCUUCACCAGCGCAGUUCUCGCCGCCGCAGUCCUCGCCCCCGCGGUACCCGCCAAUGCAGUCCCCGCAAGAGCGGCCCUCACAAGAGCGACCCGUACAAGAGCGGCCCUCACAAGCGCGGCCUCCGCAAAUGCAGCCAUCACAAGCGCGGCCUCCGCAAAUGCAGCCUCCACAAGUGCAGCCCUCGCAAGCGCAGUACCCGCCAACGCGGCACUCACCAUCGCAGUUCCCACCAUUCAACCCAGCAUCCGCUUUCCGCGUCGCGCAAUCGCGGUCCUGGCGACCCGAACAUGUAUCCACUCCCCGCGCCGCAAAAGGUCCCCAUGGUCCUGCCCGCGCCAGCCGCCAUCGCGCUGGUUCUCAUGGCACUGGCAUCGCCGGCUUCGAGAUCUCCGCUGCGUCAGGUAGCCCGGGGCGCACCAGCGCGGUUGAAGAAUACAUGGCCUCAGCCAUGACGGCCAGCGCCGCGGCGGCAACGGGGGCUGAGGGUGCGGCUCUCUCAUCGCAGAUUCAAGGCUACGUCAGCACCGUCUUGCGCGGUAGGAGCAGCGCGGCAGCCCCAGCGCAAGUCUCAGACGCCGCAACUCCAAACGCUUACCCGAUGAGAACACUCCAAGUGACGAGCAGAGUUACUUCGACCGGAGUCAUCACGCCGACUCCAGACUCCACAGAAGCGUCGCUCAUCAACUCAUACAUCGAAUCCCUCCUGACCCCUGCGCCCACCCCUCCAAAUAGACCCAACGACUCUAAUCCAACGCUACCAUCACCCCCAGAGAACGAGUCUUCGCCAUCAUUUCCCCGUCCGGGGUCGCUUCUGUUCAAUAUGUUUGGCGAGCAGACCGCGCAGCGACGCCCUCAGGAUGGUGCUGUGAUGCCCACUACUACGAGCUGCCCGCCUAGACCCGUCGUGACCCAGUACUCGACGGCUCCGCCGCCUCCAGCUAGUUGCACUGCGCCAGUCCUGGAAUGCGACUGCGAGAUGCCCGGAGACUACUGCGCACCGGUGAACGACUGCACGACAAUGUGUGUUGGAAGUGCGACGGGGAGUUCGACGUGGAGGACAGUCGUAAGCAGCACCACCCCAUCCGUCAAUACCACCGCUUCCGCCUCCUACUACUCCCCUUCCCCUCCUCCCCCAACAUACUCCCCAUCUCCCUCAGACCGCCCCGGCUACGUUACCACGGACCCCAACACGGCGCGCUACCUCCCCUGCACGCCCGGCGCCUUCCUCUGCGGCUCCGCAACGUCCUUCUACACGUGCAACCAGCCCGCGCCGCCGUCAGUCCCCAAGUCGCUCGCCCCCAACGGCUGGGCCUGGGGCUGGCUGCGCCCCGUCGCCGACGGCAUGAUGUGCCUGCCCUUCGAGCGCGUCGCCAACGCGACGGAGCCGCCGAACGCCAACGGCGGUACUUGGGGCGUCAGGGAUGACCGCUACGUGCGGGCGCGUCCGAACGGGGAUUGCAGCGAGGAGGGGGUCAUCAGGUGUACCGAGGGAGGUGGCGAGUUCGAGAUGUGUGAUCACGGGGGAUGGGUGGGGAUGGGGAAAGUGGCCAAGGGGACGCGGUGCGUCGACGGUGGGAUCGUGAGGGCGGCGGGGUAA